GAAACAAUGAAUGACGUUCAGAGACUAGCAUUAGAAAUUUGCCAAAAUAGGACGGACUUGAGCGAUGAGAAAAAAGAAAGAAUCCGAAAGAUGCUGCUGGAGCCAGAGAGUAUUGAAAAUAUGUCUAUGCCGUCUACUUCUUCUUCGAAUAACAUGUAUCCUGUCAGUGCACCACGAGAAAUGACAAUUGGAGAAACAACACUGUCUAAUCUGUCUGAAGAAGUAGAACAAUGUCGAUUGUCGAGACGUUUUUCAAAAACUAGAAAGAUAUUCGGGUCUGACAUGUGCCAAAAUACAGGAGAGUUAAAACGUGAAAAACGUUGGCCAUCAGCGGCCACUAUUUUAGCGUCUAGAAAAAGUCAAAGCACACCUAAACUUAAAAGACAACUGUCCACGAUCGUUGCAUCCAAAGUUCCAAAAGAGAAUCUCAAUGGACAUGUUUUAAUUUCAAAUGCAAAUGGGAAUAUUGAACGGAAUUUUAGUGAAUCUGUAUUUCAAGGUCGUCGACUUACUGUUCCAACGGAAAAUGGAAUUACGCACAAUUUUGCUCAAAACGGUCAGAACUUGAGUCUUCCAAAUAAAUUACCAUAUACUGGUGUAAAUGUAUUCUCACCUUUAAAAUAUAAAAAGAAAUACACUUUACAUGACGUAUAUAGAGAUUUGACCAUUAUGCGUAGAGCUGUUUCUUCUUGUUUAACUCCUAAAGUACUAACAGACGAAAUUCACAAUUCAAAUGUCAACAUUGUUGAAAUAAGUAAUGAGGUCCCUUCAGAUACAAUUUUGACAAAGAAUGAUGGCGAACCGAAAGUUGAAAACAAUGCAAAAAUUUCCAAUACCACUGGAAAAUGUCAAGUUCAUGAAAAAGAAGAAAACGAACACCAACAAAGCAAUCAAAUAGUUGAAUAUAAAUUAUCAGAAGAACAUUCAAGUAAAAACGUGAAAAAAACUCAACUUUUAGACAAAGUUGACAGCAAACACAUAAAUUUUAAUGAGUUUGCCAAAAUAAAAAAUGAUGCGCUAUGCAAAGAACCGGAUGAACAGGUAUUAUUAGAAAAUAAUUCUGAAUGCAAUGAUAAUGAAAAAAUAUUAGAACUUUCAGAAGAUGAAAAAGAAUCCAGUUUGACUGAUACUGAUAAAAUGAGCGAACAAAUCAAACGUCGUGACGAAAAAACAUCACUCGAAAAAACAGAUAAACCAAAUAGUACAGUCAAAGCAUUACAACGAGAAAAUGACCCAAAAAUUUCUCAUUCAAAAACAAAAGAUGCUAACAAACCAAACGAUGAUGAGCCGAAAAAUUGUGACUCUUAUUCUGAAAUGAAGACAUCAGCUUAUACACGUAACUGCUAUGAGAAUAAUUCAGAAAAUGUCGAACAUGGUACGGAUAAUAGUAAAAAAGCUGAAUAUGCUGAUAUUGUGGACAAUACACAUAUUUCUUGUGCUUUGGAAAAUCAGAAUGACAAUAAUCAAGGAAGUCUAAUAUCUGUUGCGAUAGAAGAUCAAAUGCGUAAACACUGUUUUGAUGGCAAUUCCACAACUGAUAAAAAUUUGACAUAUAGAUUAAAAAUGACAAACAUAAAUAGCGUACAAGAUGAUAUGAUGUUAAGUGCAAAUAAAGGAUUUAAAAGCAACAAAGAUUAUACAAGUAACGUGUCUCUGCAAUAUGACCGCAUUAAUGUGACUGAAAACCCCAAAAGAACGUUAUCAAUGUUAUAUUCAAAGAAUCUUCCUUAUGAUAAUAUUUAUGAAGACGACCAAAAUGCAACGUCUAUUGUAAAGGAAACAAGGUCAUUCGAAAAAGGGAAUGCAAACUAUUCUCAGACGUGCAGUAAUAAUGAUCUAAGUUUAUGUGAUGAUACUAAAAAGUACGAAACUAUGGAAAAUUUAGACAAACUGGCUGAUUAUUCAUCAUAUAGACUCGACGAGUAUGGCAAGUGUAUACGUGAUUAUGAUAUUUCUACAGGAAACUAUGUUAGUUCAAAUAUCAUUACAACAAAUGAAAAGGAUAAAAAAUGUUUUAAGAAAAGUACUGACAGAGAAUUAAAAGAAGAUAUAGCGCCAAUUAAAUGUAAAGUCUUAAAAAAGAAAAAUGAAAAGUACCAAAAUGGUAAAACACCAAACGGUACUGUUGGUUAUAUUGCAUAUAGAACGAUUGUCGAUGAUCAGAAAAACGCUUACAAUGUGGAACAACCAAUCAAGAAAAAGAAAAGCUUGCAACCCCGAACAAUUAGAGACCCGAAAUUGAAACAAAAAGAUGAAAUACAACAUGAAUAUUCUUUGAGAAAAUGUCACGUAAAAUUGAACACGGAUAGUAGCAAUAAUAACGGUAGUCAACUGAAAUCGAAACCCAAAAGUUUGGCAAAAAGUCGAGAAGAACUAUACAGUUACUGUAGAUGUCACAAACAUAGAGGUCAAAAUAAGAAUGACGGUUAUCAUCUACGAUCGAGUAAAUUAAAAGCUCGUCCAAAAACUCGUGAUAUCCGCAAUAAUGUUUUGUCGAAACAGUGGUGUAAUGUUAGAAAUAUUCCAAACGUCAAAUUUUCCCAAGCCUCGACUGAUAAUAAAUUAUGCACAAUAAAUAACACAAUAUUAGAGGGAAUGUACCAAACACACCAAAAGAAUGAUAGUUAUAAUUCCUUUAAUACCUGUUUUAAGACAAUAAUUAGUGAGAACACGCAAUGUAUGACCGUGUCUAAAAAUAAUAUCUGUAUUUCUAAGGAAAACAACAUACUGGGUCAGCAUGGUAACGGCACACGAGAUAAAUUUUGUAACUAUACAUCGGAAUUUAGGAAGGACAGACAUACAAAAAUGUCUUUACACAGUGAAGGAGUUAAAUUUGUAGACAAUGAACUAGAUAAAGAUAUCAGAAAUGUAAAUGUAGAAGAAUCUAAAGAUGACCUCCAAAUUCCCGAUGUUGAUGACGACAGCGAUUCAGAUGCAGCGGAAAGCGAUGAUGAAGUUUUCCAAACUGAAAAAGAAAUUGACGAAGGAGAUGAUAAACUAAAGCCCCGAAAAUCUGUUAUGUUAUCAGGAAAUUCUCGGAGGACUGACUUUACUUUAUCGAGUACUUUAAGCAGUCGGACACCAUUUAGCGAAUAUGACUAUACAGAAAGAGAAAUUGCAAAUGAUGUUAUUUCUACUAUUCUCGAUGACGUCAUAGAUCUUGUAUGGCAGGCAAAUGUAUCCCGAUUUAAACAUCACGUGUGUAAAACAAAUGACCUCUUCGGAGAUGAGACCGUAGGAUGUAUUGUUUUAGUCGACGAAGGGAAGCAACCGUCUAUUUCAUUCGAUUGCGAAAUUCAAAAACCAGCGUCUUUUCCAAACACAGUCGAAACUUAUGAAAUAUUGAUUGGAAAUAUUGUAAAAAUUAAAGUUCGGGGCGAACAUGUAGUAAGAGAGGGAUACGUAAAAGUAGCAGUCCCGUUCAAUAAAUCUAACAUGAGAUUUUUCCAUGAGCCAGUUCUAAGGAUUCUCAAUUCAAAAACUAACUCAUGGAUAAGCAUUGAUUCUUUUGAAAAUAUUUAUUUUGAUGAGAAUGAUUUGGAUUUGUCUGUCUUGGAGACUAAUCUUAGUAAUGAAGAGGAAAGUGUUUACGUAGUUGUUGCCAGACCUGCAGCUGAGUAUAUUACUUUUGAUAAAAACCUUCAAGAGUACGAUUCGAGGAUUGAUAGUGAUGUUACAGUAUCAAGUCCUGUUGGAUCACGAGUCAAAACUGACACAGUUACUAUUAAAUUUACGGUUCUGCCAAUAAGCGUUGACAUCGUAGCAGAAACUCGAGAUUCUUCUGAAAAUGAUUGCCAGUCUUUGGUUGGAGCAAGUCCAGUUGUUAUCAUAGAACAAAGUUAUCGGAAUCCUCAGCCACUGUUUAUUUGUCUUCCAUGUGAACGACCAAGUCUCAAUGCUCUGAAAAACCGCUUAUCAUGUGCUCCUUGUCCUCAAGACUCUGGAAUAGUCACUAUGUCAAGACUUUCAAAAUGUGCAAUGCAUGAUUUUGUAGAUACUUGGUCUGAAACAGAGAGUCAUUUGAUACGAAUUGGUGGAUGUGAACGAAUAAAAUGUGAGCUUAUGACCUAUAAUGAUGUCACAGAAGACAAUAAAGUAUCUUUUUGUAUACAUGAACAAAAAACAACAUGCCUCAUAGUAGAAACAAGGAAAGAAGCUACAAGACCAAGUAUCAAAUCAAUAGCAUUAAACAUUUUAAAAAUUAUCAAAUACCAACGAGUUGUAAUUUCAGUAAUGCAGAAUAAGAAUAUGAUACAGGAUUUGACCGUGACAUGUGACUUGAGGUCAAGAUACGCUACAAGAUGGCGUCGACGACAAGAACAAGAUUACGAUAUAUCUUCAAAAAAUGCAAGUUUGAAAGAGGGUGAUAUAAUUUCACUAAAUUUAAGAGGGAAUUUAACAUCAAUAGGGAAACGUUUUCAUAUAUUUAGAUUUCAUGGAUCACAAGGUACACGAGUAAACUGGAAUUUGCAAGUAGUUGAUGAUUAUUCUCAAAGGAGUUUAGAUUUUUAUUACGGGUUUGUUCAAUUGCUCAGUUUAAAGACUGUUCCUUCAAGUUUUGAGGAAGUAAAAACUAUUGAUGGACAUGAUUGGAAUGUUGUACUAGAAAUUCCAGUACGAUUACCAAAGCACCAGAUUGGUUCACUGCCUCUUCCAAUCAAAACGAACUUAAAUGUUAUUGAAGAAGGUCCAGUAACACUUCAGUUUCUAUCUUCCAUUGCCGACGGUUUGGCAGGACAAUGGAUGAAAGUUGCUACUUCAUUGCAAAUAACAAAUGCCAGACUGCAAUCACUAAGAAGACUGAACAGAAAUAGCGAUAAACAGCUUGUGAGAGAUUUAUUGUUUACAUGGUUUAAAAACAUGCCUCAUGCCAAAGAAAAGGCUUCUAUGUUAAUCAACGUCUUGCAAAAUUGUGGAAAGCAUGAUAUAGCAGAUACGUUACGACAAGAAAACGAAAAGUACAAUACAGAAAAAACAAAGGUAGCCACAGUACACAGCGUAGAGAAAACAUUGAGUACUGUCAUCAAAAGCCCUCAUAUAAUAGCGAAAUGGAAGGAGCUUGCUACUGAAUUAGGAUUUUCGUUGGAAGAUAUCAACGAUUUUCAUAAUUCUGGUAAAACUGAAGGAGAACGGUGUUUAAAUAUGUUAAGUCGAUGGAUAAAUACAGGAAAACAGAGCUGGUUGAGAAUACUGGCUAGAUGUGUACGAAGAAUAGGAUGCAAAUAUGUUGCAGAUCAUUUAUUGUCAACUCUUGUAAAACAGAAUCAGCUAACCUAUGAACAAAUUAACUGAAAGUGGACUCAAACUUGCAUGUGCAUCCAUCAUGUUUAUUGAAACUGCAGCGUGUAAAAUGUUAAAUAAAGUACUUCCAAUAAUCGU